UACCACACAACACUCGCAGACACAGUGCACGAGAACAUCUGAUUUUGAUGAGGUAAUUUAUUGGCCACGAUAAUCCUUAUUGAGCCAGUGAAACCUAUAUGUCAGCUGGGAGGCCAGUCAAGAUGGCGGUGUCACCUCGCAGCACAUAUAGCCUGACUGUUGCAAUAUUUAUCAGUGUCGGUAUAUCAACAGUGGAAGCAGAUGCGACAACGUGGAACUAUGACAAAGGAACAUAUGGAGGUCCAGAUAAUUGGUUUAUAAAAUACACAGACUGUGGCGGGAAAAUGCAGUCCCCCAUCAACAUACCUGCCGGCGCCCUCUACAACCCAAACCUACGUUAUUUCAAUUUCUCAGACUACGCCAGUACCGUGGGCGUCAAUUUAACCUUGACCAACAAGGGAGGUCACACAGUGGAAGUGGAAUAUUCUGGCACACCAAUUAUACUACGUGGAGGAAGUCUGCCCGACGAGUACAAAUUAGUGCAAUACCACUUCCACUGGGGGGCCCAGGACUCCAGGGGAUCGGAACAUCUUCUAGAUGGGAAACACUUCCCCAUGGAGCUGCAUCUGGUCCACCAUCAGGCCCAUCUCGCUGAUGUCAAGGUAGCCAUGUCUCACCCGUUCGGUCUGGCAGUUCUGGGUUUUUUCUUUCAGGUGUCACCAUACAACAACACGAAGCUGGACACACUCUUAGAACACUUUGACCUCAUCAGGACUGUUGCUCCACAACAAGGUGAGUUUUCUUUUUUUAGAAGUGUUUUAUUUGGUAUUUUUAUAGGAGAUAGCAUGUUCUAUUUAUUUUGUUUUGCUCCAGAUAAUGAAACUGAGAUAGCGUUGUUCCCCUUGAUGGACAUACUCCCAGACAACAUAGACAAACUGGACUACUACCGUUACUUCGGAAGCCUGACCACGCCCCCCUGUUAUGAAACAGUUAUCUGGUCAAUUGCCACUGAACACAUUCCAAUAUCUGAGUACCAGCUGAACAUCUUCAGAAGCCUAUACAAUGAAAGACAUUUGCCACUGGUCAACGACUAUAGGCCUAUUCAAGCUUUAAAUGACCGUACCGUGAUAACCACUAAGAGGCCAACUACCACAGCAGCCACAACCACUACUCCCAAAGCGACCACAAAUAGCUUGAAAGACGAGUCUGACACUACACAAAUAGAUGACAAUGUGAUUCACAGAUUCAGUGAAUGAGAACUCAAGCUUCAAAGUUAACAUAUUUGGUUUCGAAGUCUUAACGUGGAUUGUGCUCAGUACACACACAAUACGCUUUAUUUAUUUUGUUUUGUUACUGAUAUGUUAUUGAUAAGUUAGUUAUGAGUUUAAAUGAUUUCAAAUAUGUUUUUAUUAUGUCUCAGUUAUUGAGUAGCUUUUGAUUGUAUUCCAUUAUCCAUUAAUUUCGUUAUUUUAAUUUUGUAAAUAUCAAUAAAUAAUAUUUUAACUGUGAUUGAAUUAUGUAUACAAAAUUGUAUAAAUAUUCAAUAUCCUUUCCAAUCCUCCAAAGCUGUUAAAAAAAGAAAAGAACUUCUUGUAUCUAAUUAUGUAACCUAAGUUUGAGCAAGUAUCUUCAGUUGGAACUAUUUGUUUUGUUGAAUGUAGUUUGACUACAAAUCUAGCUUCAUUAUUUCACAUGGACAUGCCUGAAGUGUUGGCAUCAAAACAGACUAUUUCAUGUAUUACUUUGAUAACAUGAUGUCCAAGAAAACCUUACACAAGCAGGUGUCACAGAGACAAUAUUGUGGGUUGGGUCAGAGGUUAAUGGUCAUGUUAUUUUUGUUUCUAAGAAUUCACUAUUAUUUUGAUAAAGCUUAUAUCAAAUCACUAUCUCUGUGUGGUACCCAUUCUUAGAUCCAGCUGAAACAUUGCAACAAAUAUUCAUAGGCAUAGACAAGGCAUGAAUGAAUAAAAAAAAAUAAAAAAAUAAAAAAAAUUAGUCUGGUUAACUGGUAGUUAAUUAUAUUGUUUGAUCCCAACAAGGGAAAUUAAUCUUUCAGUGUUCACAGAUAUCACUCAAUUUCUAAGGUUUGAUCCCUUAAAUAAUUGUUACCGCUGUUCUCCAAUCAGGUUGAUACUUUAAACAGUUAUUUAGUGUGCCUAACAAAACAUGAAUCAAUACAAAAAUUAACUAAUUAGUCAAUAAUUGGUCAUUAAUUAUUUUGUUGCAUAUUGAAUAAGGGAAUAAAACACUACAUUAUUGGUGGAUAUAGUUGUAAGGGCAGAUUUGUUUCCCUUAGAUAAUCUUUGUUUUUUGUUGGUUUUUUUUUUCUUCGAUGUUUUCUCUUCUAGUUAGUCUCAGCAAUGAGACUAGAAAGUCAGAGGUAAUGGACAAUUAUUCAGAUUGAGUUAUCAAAUAAAAUUUUAAAUAAAAAAAAAAAAUGUUUUUAAAUAUUAUUGUGAGGUUGCAAUCCACAUACAUGAGUGCAGAUUCUAAAUUAAAACUAGCUUUGUAAGUAAUCAAAUAGGUGAAGACAUUGUUAUUACAUAUAUUGCAUUUUGAAAAAUGGGCAUUUAAAAACUACAAACUUUAUAUACACAAACAUAAAUUCUUGGCAAAGCUGUGUGUUUGUUAUGAAAAUUGAAAGGGAAUUAUUGUUUUACUAACCAAAUACAAAUAUAAGAUAAUGCUUAGAAGAAUUGACUGUGAUUGUUCCUUUAUAAUGGCAAGUUAUUUAAUGAUGGAUAGUAGUUAAAUUGUAAAAAUGACCCAACCCUACAAAUGUCUAUACAAGAGACUGAAUUCAAACCAGACAAAAAAAAAUCAUUCAUCAGAGAUUUCUUAUUCCCCUUUCCCCAGUCUACGAUCCCAUUCAUUUCUUUUACCUUAAACCAAAUUGUUUCGUAUUCCUAUAAUGAAUUGUAUCGUUGAAUUGUUUUUAAACCACAGACCAAAUAAAUAUUUUCCAUGGGAACAUCACAUUUUCCUGACCUUUUGAUAAGUGUUGAAUUUCAUAACACUGAAACAGAUUUUGUAUUUAAUGCACUCUUGGAUUCAAACAGGAUAAGAUUGUAAAUGUGUCUUCGUAUGUUAAGAACAUCUUGGAUAUUACAAAUUUUUUU